CCUGCUGAACAGCAUCAAGUUCAGCCCCGGCGUCCUAAGCCUGUGGAUGGUUAGUGUAACCGGCCUGACGUCACUCCAUGACGAGAGAGAAAAGGAGAGAGAGCAGGGAGGUGGGGGGUAUUCACAACUGCACAGCUGCACAUCCUCUUUCACUCUUCACCACCAGGCGACCGGGCACCGGCCCCGAUCCGAUCCAACGGGGAGACGUUCAGUGUGCCAGCUGUAGCUCCAGCCGGGUCCAGUGUCGGUUCUUCCAACCCUGGAGGGAUUUACACGGGUGACACUCCUGAUGCGUAAGGAACGCAGUUAACAUUAAGUUGGAGGCGUACAGCUGGGAAACUUCUAGACUAGUUCGGACUUGCUCAGUGUUUUGGUGAACGUGAUUCAGUGGAGGGGACCACCUGCAUCUGCAGCUGCUUCACACUGUAAAGCGCCGGGAAGCGCUGCGAGCACCCCGAGGAGUGUGAAGAGAGAGAGAAGUAAAAUAAAUAAAUAAACAAAUAAAUAAAUACCUCUUUCCUGCGUAAAAAUCUUCUCCGGUCUGGAGUUGACGCUUCUGCCUCGCGCGUGGUUACAUAUCCAGGAGAUGACACCUGUCUCCUCCUCUGGGUCGGAUAGGCAUGGACGUGGCGUCGUGACGGGGACACCGGCCUGCGGAUAAUCAGUUUGGACUUUGUGGCUCACGGCGCGGCUCGCAUCUCUCACCCAUGCAGCUCCUCCGACUGGCCUGGGCUCUGACUGCCGCUGCGGUCUGCUUCCUGCUGCUGCUGUUCAUCCACAACGAGGUCUUAAGAGAAGGUCAGCUGGUGGCAGGGACCUGUGAGAUAGUGACUCUGGACCGAGACAGUAGUCAGCCGAAGAGAACCAUCGCCCGACAGACGGCCCGCUGUGCGUGCAGGAAGGGACAGAUCGCUGGGACGACACGUGCCAGACCGGCCUGUGUGGACGUUCGUAUCGUCAGGAGUCGACAGUGGUGUGAGAUGACUCCAUGUCUGGACGAUGAAGGCUGCGAUCUCCUGGUCAACCAGUCGGGCUGGACCUGCACGCAACGAGGAGGCCGAGUCAAGACCACCACGGUCUCCUGACAGCGGCAGCAACAGGGCAGACGCUCCCCAGGUAAAAAGCCUGGUUCCCAUCGUCCAUCGGCCAUCAUCGCCAAGCAGACCAUAUGGUGCCGCUACAGCUGCUGAUGACCAGUCAUCAGCUGCCAUCAGAGCCGCGGGGCAAGGCACUCCCUGGUUGUACUGUGGAAAUUGCAGCCCAGAGUUCCUCUUCUUGGGCAGAAAUUGAAAGCAGAUUGCGGUGCAUCGUUGGAUGGAUUUUUUUUUUUGUGGCAAAGCAACUCUGUUUCGUUUUUACAGACCAAAGAUGAACAGAGCCAACGAUGAGACCUUUUUGGAGGGGUGGAGACACCCGCCCCCACACAUCACCAUAUCCUUGUAAAGAAAACGAACACAUUGUGAUAUUUUACAGCGAGAAGAUUUGCUGAGCAAAGUGAAUUUACAUAUGAGACAAUGAUAAAACGUGUGUCUGAUACAGGAGAGAGGUUUGUGUUGGGACAGUCUCGCCGGCUGUGUGCUGAACUUCACCCUGGUGGAAAAAUAAAACCAUGCAGUUUUAUGAUAAAACAUAAAACUCGUGCACUUUUAGUCAGCUGAUGAUAUAUUUUAACGAGGGCAGGAACAACUUGUAAUGCGGUCAGAGCUGAAUUUACCUUUAUAGAAAACUAUGAAACUCAACUGUUUAUACACGAAAGGCAUCUCGAACAACGACGUGGACCGUAUCAUAAAGCUCAAUUUAAACAUCUUUAGGCCCGUUUUUUAUGUUAUGCAAUGCAGCUGCAAUAGGAAUCAACCUCAGAUGUCACAAAGCGAUAUCUGUCUCUUAUGAUGGAUCUAUACAAAUCACAACAAGAUGCCACAGUACAGCGCCUCCCAGAGGGCAGGCACUGCUUCCUCUCAUACCGCACCCAAAAAUGAUUCACGAUGUUUGGCAUCAGUGCGCAGAGUUUCUGAUAUUUUAUCAUAAAAACUGCAUCAUUCUCAAUGAUUUUUUUCCCUUUUCUUAAUGAAUGUAUUCUUCACCAGACUUCAUUGUGCACUUCAUCAGAUUUGAUAGUUUGUGGUUUGGACAACAUCCAGUCAGCAUGGCAGAUUUUAAUGCUACAACAAGUUAAGUAUUUCACAACUGACGGCAACUUGCAAUUUCUGAGGGAAUACAUGACAUGUAUUUUCGAGUGUGAAGUUCUAUGUAUAAUAAUUUUAUAUAAUAAUAAUGUUGUGUCUUUGUAGAAAUCCUGAUUUAACCCAUGUUGCUCAUCAGCUUUGAAUGCUGCUGUUGUUCAGAGCUCGCCUGUGGUUUCUGAAAGUUUCAUAACAGACACUGAGGAGGAGGAAGAGUUUUUGAUACCACUUUCUGAUAAGUCCUCUCUAAAACAUUUCUAAAUAUUGACAAGUGUUAAAAGCAAUAAUUAAAAUUCAUCCACAUUAGUGGUUAAUACCUUUUUGCCACAUAGUGAAAAAAUCUGUUUGACUGGUUAUGUCAGCAGUUAUUAAUUAAUAUUAGCCAUUUCUAAUGUUUUGACACAUGAAGUCAUCAACUCUGAAAGAUGAAAAUGUCAAGUUUCAACAACGACAGAACUAUAAAGACAAAGCAAGUGACGUGUUGGAGGACAUAAACUGAUCGAAGAGAUUUUUCACAAUCUGCCAAGCUGAAAGUUGUCCACAUUAAAGGCUGAUAACUGACCUAUUAAGUAUUGGCAAAUGAUGUAUUGACAUUAAUGAGGCCAUUUUCAUUACAAACCCUUUUAUGAGAAAGUGGCAGUGAGUUCAUUUAUAAUAGAUCAAUGUACACCAAAUCGCAGAAUGCAUUGAAUUUGCAGCCCAUCUCUGUCUGCUGGAGGAGAUUAAGUCACCAUUUUAGUUUUGAUGCUCCCCCACUAUGAAACCAUGUUUUUUUUCAUUAAACAAACAAACCUGA